AUGAAAGGAAAAGACACAGUUGAACGAUUUAAAAAGUUUGGCAGGAAAAAGAUGUUACAAGCUAAUUAUGUUACAGCUUUACUUAACAUUACUAAAAAAAAACCUAAAACAUCAUUAAGAAAACUAACUAUUGAACUGCAAGCGAAGACCAAUUAA